AUGGACCAGUCGGGAAAGCCUCGCGCCGAGCUCUUCUCGGUCGAGUAUCCAGGUGCCUCACCACAGUCGGUUGCCUGCAGUGAUGAGCGCAACAUCGCUCAUCUAUCACCCAUCCCCAACACACUCUUCCAUCCACAAGCCUAUGAGUUCAAGGGUCAUCAAGGUGUUGAUCGAUCACAGACUCCUCAGCGUCAGAUUGAACUACUACAUCAAAUAAUCGAACACAAUCAAAUGGUUGGUUCACAGCUACAGGAUGCGAUUGUCCAACUCCAGAUCGAGCAGACCAACAGCUACGACAUGCAGGUGCUCAUGCGCCAGAAGAUGCAAGAACUUCUCGACCAGAACAAGACAGCCGCGCGCGUCUCUGCCCACAGCAACAAUCUACUAAAGCGUACCAACAUGAUGUCAUCGGAACUGACAAAGAAGAAUGAUAACUUUAGGUUCAAUAUUAAGAGAUUGGAGGACUACUUGUUGACAAAGGAUGAUUGCGCAAAGAAGUUGGCGAGUGUGGUGUACAAGCAUAAGAUAUCGUUUGAGAGCUUGCUCAAUCCAGUGUUGGCUGCACCAGUCGUGUAUCAGAUUGGCUCGAAGCUAUGGAAGAAGGGACAGGAGAAGAAGGCGCUGGGCACACUGAAGGACAACUUCUUGUUCCUGUUCAAGAAUGACAAGUCCAAAGAGCCAUUGGACGUCGUUUAUCUCAAUGACAAGCGAACUAUCAGUGUAUCCAGCUCACAAGACUCUUCAAAGAAGAAGACAUUCUUCAUAUCCAUUGGCACGUCAAUAGCGUCUGAACAUGAGUUGGGCAGCAGCACAGGUGUCGCAGCCACCGACACCCCAUCCUCACCGACUCCUGGCCCCGGCGCCACAAGUCUAAGCGCGUCGGGCUCCAUCCCAGCGGGCUCGCCCACAUCUGGCAGCGCCAAUACCUCAAGCAACGCUCCAACCAUUAUCUGGUGCCUGUUGGCAUUCGAGAACCAGAAGGACAUGGAAGCGUGGUUGGGCGUGUUGGAGAGCGCCAUCCCCUGGUUCGAGCGCAAGCCCAACGAGAUUUCAAAGCCAAUCCUACACGACACAAAAAAGAGCGCCAAGCCCAAGCAAGGAGGCCAUAUGCGAGAUGACGGUCAUGGCCAGUGGAAGCGUGAGAGUGGUGGCGGAGGCGGCGUCGCUGGUACCAUCCGAUUCCCAGGCGUGUUUGGCAUCCGACUCGAGGAGGUGAUGCAGCGCGAGCACCCCAGCGCCGAGAUCCCAUCAUUCCUCACCAAGAUGAUCGGCUUCCUCGAGCGCAAUGUCCAGGAGGAAGGCAUCCUACGUAUGAGUGGCAGCUCGACUGAGAUCCAAGAGAUGAAGUCCAUUCUCCAGAAAGGCGAGACCAUCGACUUCUCGCCCAACAACAAGAUCGACACACACGCCGUUGCUGGCCUACUCAAACUCUAUCUCCGCGAGCUACCCGACCUCCUUGUUCCCAUUAGUCUAAGGAUAGUCUCUGCCGAGAUCAUAGCCGACAGGUCAUCAACUGAUGAUGACAAGAUUGUGAAUGUGAUGGAGUUGUUCAAACAGGUACCAAAGAAUGAGUAUAACUUGAUGAAGCAUUUGAUCAGGUUUGCAAAGAGGAUCACGGAGCAGAGCGAGCACAACAAGAUGGUGCUGGCCAAUGUGACCACAUGCUUUGCUCAAUCACUCAAAGGUCUCAUCCCAGGACUCUUCACAUUCUGUGUAUUACACUACGAACAGAUAUUCGUGCCGACGUCGUCCAACAACCUGGGCAGACCUGCCACUUCUGUACAUUAA